CAUACAAAGGGGGAGAAAACACGAAUUACGUUAUCAUAUUUUCGCCAUUAUCUGAAAUCGUCAUCCGUUCGUCUCGUAUAGAAGCAGUGUUAAUUCUACGUCGUACUAACUGGAAGGAGGAAGCCAAGAAAACUUAAAGAAAUCUCAAUUGAAAAUGGCGGCUAAGGCGGUGGUUAUCACUGCGCUGUUUGGUUUAUUGGCGUGCGCGACUGGUAUGGUCGUAAUUUCUGCUGGGGACUUGCCAACACCAGUUAAUCAGUGUGCUAAAGGGCCAGAAUAUUGGUGUCAGAGCAUCGGAAAUGCAAAAGCAUGUGGUGCAAUCACACACUGCAUCCAGACCGUUUGGGAAAGGCAAGUUGUCCCCGAGGACAAUGACAGUAUCUGCAAAGUAUGCAAAGAAAUGGUGCAGGAAGCCAGAGACCAGCUUCUCUCAAAUGAAACACAGGAGGACAUGAAGCAAGUUUUUGAAGGAUCAUGCAAACUUAUGCCAGUAAAAAUGGUUCAGUUAAAGUGCAUCAAGCUGGUGGAUGAUUUUAUCCCUGAACUUAUUGAAAUGCUGGCAUCUCAAAUGAAUCCAACUAUGGUGUGCACCACAGCUUUGUUGUGUAAUAAUGCCUGGAUUGAUGGGUUGAUGUCUGAGUUCAAAAGUGCACAGCCAGCAAAAACUUCUCAGAAGUUAUCCGAUGAGUCAAAGUGUGAGUCAUGUCAGGCUUUCAUGACUGACAGUGCUAAAAAGAUUCAAAGUUCCUCCCAAGUGGAUGUUCAACAUAUCUUGUUUAAUAUCUGUGGACAUAUGAAUAGCUACUCUGAUGCUUGCAUGGCUAUUGUUGCUGACAACAUGGAAAAGAUCUUUAGCUCCCUGGAAAAGAGUCUCAAAAAGGAAAUGUGCCAACCUUUGGGCUUUUGUAGUGAAGCUGAGUUAAAGCCCAUGCGCGUUUCUGUUCGCCCCUUGUCCAAUGACAGGAAAUUCGAGUCCAAAUUCGAAAAAUCUCUAUCGUCAAAAGAUAUUCUUAAUGACGACCUUGAAUGUCAGUUUUGCGAGGCGCUUGUGAAAAACGUUCGAUCUAUAUUAAUCAGCAACACAACCGAAGCAGAAUUCAUUCAAGUUUUAACCGGCCUUUGCAAACAAACUGGAAGCUAUGCCAAAGAGUGCCUUGCAUUGGUUGACCAAUACGGGGAGGAGGCUUAUUCCUUCAUCGUAAAUGGACUAGACCCGGAACAAACAUGCCGCCUCCUUACCCUUUGCUCUUCAUCUACCCUGGGUAGCCCUAAAGUUACAAAGGAUCGUUUGUCUUACUUGAGGAUUCAACCAGCAGAUAUCAUGAAGGCAGCGAAGUUGUUUCCUGCCCAACCAGUUGAAAAAGAUCUAAACACCGAUCUCUUAGUUGGCCAAGAUGAAAAUAAUGCCAUUCGUUCCAACAACUUGGCAGCUCUACCGGCCGAACGCCUUCUUCCUGCUUCCGUAGCUCUUGCCGCCCCGAAAAAGCCUGGUUGCAUGUUGUGCGAGUACGUCCUUCAUGAGAUUGUGAACGAUCUCAAGAACGUCACCGUCAAGCAAGAAAUUGAAGACGUCGUAAAGAACAUCUGUAAAAAGUUACCUUCUAGCAUCAGUAAGGAAUGCGAUGAUCUUAUCAACACCUAUGGCGACGCCAUGUUUUUCCUUCUAAGCCAAGAGUUGGAUCCUGCUAUUUUAUGCACACAGCUUCAGCUUUGCACUGAAUCUACAGUCGAGCAAAUUCAACUUCCUGAAAAUCCUUUCAAAGCUACCACAUACGGAGAUGCCAAUACUUGCUCCCUCUGCGAGUUUGUUAUUACGAUGCUCGAGAGUAAACUAGAAGACAAUCGUACUGAAGAAUCGAUCAAAGACGCGCUUGAGGGAGUUUGCCAACGUCUACCCAAGACCGUGAGAAGCGAUUGCGUUCGCCUGGUUGAUGCUUACGCGAAGGAAAUCGUUGAAAUGCUUCUGGCUGAUUUGAAACCCGAUGAAGUGUGUGUCGCCUUGAAAUUGUGCACACCGAAAACCUCCUCUGAAAUGGACGUCGUGAUUGAGGGAGCUCCUAAAGGGAUCACUGUGGGCGAAUUUCUUGAUAGCAUUAAACAAGCUCCAGCUGAAAAAGCGCUAAAGAUUGCUUCAACCAAUACGCCCAUGUGUGUGAUGUGCGAAUACGCCAUGUCCGUCCUUGAAAAACGACUACUUACCAACAGCACUGAAGAGGAGCUAACAAGAGCUAUCCAGUUUCUGUGUGCUCAUUUGCCAACGACUGUCGCCGACAUGUGCAUCGAUUUCGUUGAACAAUACGGGGAUGAGCUCUUCGAGUUGUUGUCAUCCGAAAUCGCACCCAAAGUCGUAUGCACUCAGAUGGGACUCUGUCUUCCAGUUGAUAAUACCCCCAAGUUGCUUGGACACAAGAAUGAAAAGGAAACUGCGCUAGAAGUAACCGGAUGGAAAUUACCAAGCAAGUGCGAGAUUUGCGAAAUCGUUAUCGAAUAUCUCGAUAAACUGCUUGCAGAUGACACUAUCGAAGCGAGCAUUGACCACAUCAUUGAAAGGGCGUGCACCAUGGUUCCUCAUGGAGCUAAGGAUAAAUGUACUGGAAUAGUAGACACAUAUGGACCGUAUCUGCUUAGUCAGCUUGCCACGAUGCUAGAUAAAACGAAAGUUUGUCAGUCGGUGCAUUUGUGCAAACCACCACCAGGCCAAGUGCAACUGUUGGGCGGAAAACAGUGCACAUGGGGGCCAACCUACUGGUGCGCCAGCCCUCAGCACGCUGAUGCUUGCAAUGCUUUGGAUCAUUGUCAGACUAAAGUCUGGAUGAAAUCACAACCAUAAACUGCAAUGUGGCCUUUAUUUUUGAUUUUUUUUUUCUUUAUACUUCCUUUUUCCUUUGUUAUGAAGAGUCAGUUUUCUCUUUUCUUCCUUAUUCGUUCUCUUUAGAUGUUUAAUACUUCGUUUAUUUCUAUCUUUCGGUUCCAAUUUGCGUCAUGCCUCUGUGAUCGGCGAAGCUCAAGAGAAAUUAUAGGUGGUCGAUCACUUCUGGAUCGUCAACAGUCUAGGAAGAUUGAGAUCAUUGAUAGGGUUUGUAGUUGUUGCAACUUACGGCAUAACCCUUUCUGUUUUCCCCAUGUAGCUCGAAUCAUGAAUAUAUUUCGUUCCGCGUU